AAACUACAAUCUCAGUAAAUCAAGAUGACUGAAACCGAAGUUGCUGCCACGGCUCCAGCUGCUGCCUCACCUGCCAAGACCCCGAAGAAGGCCAAGGCAACCAAGGGAGACGCCAAGAAGCCGAAGAAGCCAGCCACUCACCCACCAGUUAACGAGAUGGUCUUAGCCGCUGUCAAGACGCUGAAGGAACGCAAGGGAUCAUCUCUGCAGGCCAUCAAGAAGUAUAUCGCUGCCAACUACAAGUGCGACGUCGCCAAACUGUCCACCUUCAUCAGAAAGUCUCUGAAGACCGGCGUUGAGAAGGGUACCCUAAUCCAAACCAAGGGAACCGGUGCCUCUGGAUCGUUCAAGCUCAAGGCUGACGAGAAGAAACCAAAGAAGGCCGCUGGAGAGAAGAAGGCAAAGAAGCCUGCUGGAGAUAAGAAGAAGGUCGCCAAAAAGCCCGCUACCAAAAAAGCUGCUGGCGAGAAAAAGGCUAAAAAGCCAGCUGCCAAGAAGCCCGCCGGUGAGAAGAAAGUCAAAGCUGCCGGUGCCAAGGCUGCCAAGAAGGCCGGCACUGUGAAGAAGGCCGCUGCUCCCAAGCAGAAGGCCACCAAGCCCUCGAAGGUCGCUCCCAAGAAGCCGAAGACCCCGAAACCGAAGAAGGCCGCCCCAGCCAAGAAAGCUGCUCCGAAGAAAGCAGUCGCCAAGAAGUAAACUUGGACACGACGCAAAGCAGAAAACAAUCACCCAAAUCAGUCCUUUUCAGGACUACA